CUUCCGGUGGGAUCCGGAAGCGGUAGAGGCGGGGAGCAGAGUGGGGGAGGGGUACUCAGCUGCUGCUCGCUGGGGGUCUCCCCGGCUGCCGCUAUGGCCGGAUGCAGCCGGUUGCUGCUGCUGCCGCCGCUGCGCGAGGCCAGUCACCAGAUACCAAACUGUUUGGUCAGAAGAAAUUUUUUUGGAUAUCCUCUUAUUAAAGCACAUUCUGGUCUGGUUCAGCAAAAUAAAGAGAUUUGCUUGAGACCCUGCAGACAUAGAAGUUCCACAGCUGCUUCUGCUAAAUCUGAAGAUGACGUCUUCUUCAAGUGGGGCCUUUUACUGAUCCCCCUCACCACAUUUUGUCUUGGUACAUGGCAGGUUCGGCGUCGGAAGUGGAAGCUAAAAUUGAUAGCAGAUUUGGAGUCAAGAGUUGCAUCAGAGCCCAUUCCUCUGCCUAUAGACCCCAUGGAGCUAAAGGAACUGGAGUACAGGUCUGUAAAGACUCGAGGGUAUUUCGACCACUCCAAGGAGCUCUAUGUUUUGCCACGUUCGUUGGUGGAUCCUGAACGAGAGGCCAGAGAAGCUGGACAGCUGACAUCCAACCCAGAGAGUGGAGCAAAUGUCAUUACUCCCUUCUACUGCACAGACCUAGGGAUCACAAUUCUAGUCAAUCGAGGAUUUGUCCCUAAAAAGAAGGUGAAACCAGAGACCAGACUGAAAGGACAGAUCCAAGAUGAAAUAGACCUUGUUGGGGUGGUGAGGCUGUCAGAAACCCGGAAGCCUUUUGUGCCUGAAAACAACAUAGAAAAGAACCGCUGGCAUUACCGUGACCUGGAGGCCAUGGCGAGGGUGACUGGUGCUGAGCCCAUCUUUAUCGAUGCAGAUUUCAGGAGCACAGUCCCAGGAGGACCCAUUGGAGGCCAGACAAGAGUGACCUUGAGGAAUGAACAUAUGCAAUACAUAAUUACCUGGUAUGGCUUAUGUGCUGCAACAUCCUACAUGUGGUACAAAAAGUUCAUACAAAAAAUACCCCUCUGAGAGAAGGCCCCCUGUGGGUCACUCCUCGAUGCAACACAGACAAGACCUCAAGCUCUCAGAAGACCCACAGAGAAGAAACUGGCCUGGCUGUGAAAGAACCAGAAUUUACAAAUUGCAAGUUUCAUUUGAGUCUUCAUCCCAAGCUGGCUCUGGCCUGUCAAGUACUUGCUGUGACUAUGCUGCUCUGUAAAUCAGUGCAGCUAGUGAACUGCCAUAAAACUGUUGAUCAGAUUCUGUACAAGAAAUCUGUAAAGCCAGAUGUUCUAGCAUCUGGCCACUCACUGGAAAUUGGUUGUAGCUACUUCUUGGAAACAUUGAGCUUUGGAUUCUCAGGCACAUUUGAGCUGCAGCUAUUAAGACAAACUCUUAUUGAGCUAGAGAGGGUGAUUUUAGAUGAGGUUUAAACUUAAACCAUGACUGUGUAGUGCUUAGGCCAUCACUGCCUUGCCUGUUUUUGCAGAGGGUGGGGAAAGAAAUAUUUUCAAAUUGAGUGCUACUUUCACCUGGUACAGGUGAUAAUUCAGGAAAUGCUUUUAUCAAUCACAAGGAGGCAGGAGGUACAAUUUGAGUAUGUCUGUCAUGACUGUGGAGAGAAACUGUUAGAAAUACCUCCUUUAAAGUUCACUCAUGAUCAAUGAAUCAGCUCCUCUGGAUUGUUUUGUUAAAGAAUGCACUUUACAGGGGAAGAUUUGCAGAUGAGGAAAUAAAGGGCUCUUUGUACA